AUGCCCUCCUAUUCGUCAUCAACCAAUUCUCGAUCAAAAUUCCGAUUGGAAGACUAUCAAGUAGAAGCUGCAUCUUUUGGACAAACCAAUUGCACCGAACUCAUGAAAUGUGCCUUCGAAUCAUCUCCUCCAUCAAACUCUUCUCUCUUCUGUCCAAUUCCUCCAUUACGUGCUUCUCGAGAAUUCUUUCAUGAUGAUUUGAAUACCGUAUCGAGAGGAAUGGUUGUGGUCCUACGAAAACGUUCAUCAUCAUCCUCCUCUGUUGUCAAUGAAACACCUUCGAAUUGCGAUGAUCAUCAUGAUGCAAAUGAACUCUUUGUCUUAUUUGCAAAGGAAAAUGCAAUCCUUGAAGAGUGUCAACUGUUCAGAGUUCAUCCCAUUUCGAUCGUAUUGUCCAAUAAUUCCUUGAAGAUUGAAUUGAUGACAGCUUUUUACGGACCCAAAGAUGUCACUCAAAAGUGUGCACAAAUCAUUCAACAGUCAAUUCAGAAUUCUGAUGAAAUUUCUAUUCAUGCUUCCAAUCAUGUCUUUGGAGAUACUUGGCCUGAUGUAUUCAAAUCAUUGACCAUCGUGUAUCGAAAAGUAAAGAUAAACAGUCGGAUGGAAGCAAUCUAUGGUCCCAUUCGAAUGAAAAUUGCUCAAGAACAUGAAUCGAUCAAGCUAUUGGAUGAAUUGGACGAAUUGGACGAAAUGGAUGAACAUUUUCCAUCGUUUGUUCCAACAAGUGUUGCAUCCAUUCGACAGAACGUUGGUUUUGUAAAAAACAGUGACGAUGAGUAUGGAGUCGACACUCGAUCUUUUACUCUCUUGAAGGAAUGUCAUCAUGAAAAACCAAUUCAAAUCAUUCGAGCAGUCUAUGGUUUUGCGGAUGUGACAAGAAAAGUUUUGGAAUUUUUGAAUGAUCAUGCAGAUCGAUUGAGGGUCGCUGCAACCAAUGAUAUCUUUGGUGAUUCAUGGCCUGGAGUUGUGAAAUAUUUGACUGUUUUUUACAAAUUGCGAGGAUCGAAUCAUGUGUAUGUUGCUUCAUGCAUUGAACAUGACACGUUGGAUCUUUCAUUUGAAUCGACUUGUCAUCAAGCUGCAAAUUCUGACGAAAAUUCUGAAUGGGACAAAGUCAAUGGUGAGUGCCCUCCACUCUUUCAAAUCCAUGCUGCCAUGCAUGCACAACUUAAUUGCACCAAGAAAGUCAAGCAUUUACUCGAAAAUUCACACAUACCAACCAAAAUUUAUUCCAUGGCCUCCUCCAUGCAAAAGAAUACACAUGUGACUCCAUUAGUGGUUCUCUACUCCAUUCGAGGAAAAAUCAAACUGAUCGUUUCACUUGACACUCUUUGUUUCAAUCCUCUCUUUCGCAUUGGAAACAUGUAUGACAAGGCACAUCAAUCAGAUGCCAUAUUUCGAGCAACCGUGCAAGCUUCAAGAAAUGGAGAACCCUAUCAUGCAACCUUACGAAUGAAUAGGAAACGACAAGAAAUUCUUGUCACAGGACAAGCACUUCAAGUUCCAAUCGUUCUCAUGCAAAAUUGGUUCCAGGAAAAGAAAGAACAUUCCUCUCCAUUUCGAAACAUGAAAAACAAUGAGCGGAUGAGUUUCGAUCAACUCUUUUCCCUCAUAUUUAGAAUCCGUGUCUCUGGUAAUGGUUCCAUUCAAGUGAACGAUCACUUUCUUGAAAUUGAUAAUUUUCGUGUGAAAUUUCGAAUCGCACUUUUUGAGGUCUAUUCGGAAGAUUUACUGCGAAAUCAAAUGCCAUGCUAUGUAAGGCGACUGAUUCCUGAAUUUUUGGAUGGAUCCAUUCCAGAUUCUCCAGGUUUGUCAUUUUCACCACUGAAAGUUAGUAAUCACCAAGCGGUCAUUCAAUUGCAUGACAUUGAUGUCAUUAUUCAAUAA